AUGACCAAAACAGUCGUCGAAGAACCCUCGCCCAAGACAAGCGAGCUGGGAGCUUCUCAAUACGCGAAAAAAGCGAAAGACCUUGUCGCACUCAUUACGAAGAUUCGCCAGCAUGGCGGUCAAAUCGAGCUGUCUCUUCCCAGAAUCGCCGUCAUAGGGAACCAAUCGGCGGGCAAGUCGUCGGUCGUCGAAGCCAUCUCGGGCAUUCCUCUCCCGCGCGCCAGCGGAACAUGCACCAGGAGCCCCAUCGAGGUGCGGAUGGAAGAAAAACCGGGAACCGCGUGGAGCUGCCAGGUUGUCCUUCGAUGGGAAUCGGACGAGAAUGAGAAACAGUUGCUCAAUACCAAGGAAGAACCGUUCGACACUCCUAUGACGAAGGAAGCCGAUGUGGGUCUCCGCAUCGCUCAAGCGCAGAGGGCGAUCUUGAAUCCGGGAACAGACUCGGCUUAUUUUCUAAAGAUGAACGAGAAGGAUCUUAAAAAAUAUGUCGACAAGCGCCAGUUCACUAGCAACAUUAUCGUUGUGGCUGUGACCGGACCGGACGUUCUCAGCUUGACGCUCAUCGACCUUCCGGGCAUCAUCCAGACCCCUCCGCAAGACGCGAAGGAGGAUUUGGUGGGGCUUAUCAAGCAACUCGUUACGAAAUACAUCGAAGACAAGCGCACCAUCAUCCUCAAAUGCGUGACGUGCGCGGACGAUGUCAAUAAUCAAGAAUCUGUACGUUUUGCGAGAACAUACGAUGCCACAGGCGAACGCACGGUUUGCGCCCUCACGAAAGCAGAUCUCAUCGAGAGAUCAUGCCAUGCCCCGUGGAUGAACUUUCUGCUUCAUGGAAAGCCCACGUCUUUCGCGGUCGUCAACCCGGCUCCGGACAGGCUUGACCGAGUGACCUCGAGAGAAGCUCGCGACGCCGAGAGUCAGUUCUUCAAGAACACUGAACCAUGGAAUACGGUUCCUCCUCUCAACCAUGUCCUGGGGGUUCAGGCGUUGGCCCAACAUCUGUCGGUCCGCCUGACACAGUUGAUCAAGUCCACUUUCCCGGAUAUGAAGGCCACGGCGAAACAACUGCUGAAGGAAGUCAAUAACGACCUCAAGCAGCUUCCAGCUGUACCGUCGAACUCCCUCUACGACUUGCGGCAGGCUAUCAAGAAGCUGCGCAAGACCAUUCAUACCCACGUUUACGCACAACAUGGGUAUCCCCAAUUGUGGCAGACCGAUCUGAGCCUUUACCAAGAGUUCCGAGAUGACAUCCAAGCAACACGGCCCAAACUCGCCGCGCCAACAGAAAAGGAAAUAGAAGAGUCAGACAAAGUCGAGGAGACGAGAUGGAAGAUGCCUAGGACCACAUACACUCUCGCAUACGUUCACAAAAUCAUCGACGUCUAUAAAGGUCGCCAAAUGGGCGGAGAAUACAACGAACAGUCGUUCCAUAGGAUUAUCGAAACCUUCAUGGAAGUCUGGCCUGAAAUUUCCCAGUAUUAUAUGGGCCGCUUGGUGGAGGAUUUUAAUAUUCGAAGCGACCGUUGGAUCACAGAUUCAUUUGCGAGAUUCAAGCCGCUCCUGCUGGAAACAAGGUUAAUUGUCGAUGACUUGCAAAAGGAUCUGUUCAAAGAGACUGCAGAUUUCGUCUUGGAGUUCUUCACCCUCGAAUCCUAUCCCCCGUUUACCCUUGAUCCGGUAUUCCACGACAAAUCCGCGGCUCUUUACAAAACGUAUGAGACGGAAACGGCGCGCUGGGAUCUCAAAGAAACCGUACCAGAGUCCAACGAGGACCGAAUUAGCGAAGCAAUCGCGCUCUUGAAAGAGGCCAACCUGACCGACUUGACCGUGGACGACCUCUACGUGGCGUAUUGCCGCAAGCAAGGAAACGACCACACGACCGCACUCCGUCUCAUAUCUCGAGUGCAAGCGUUUUUUGACGUUGCGGCGCAGAGAUUCGUUGACCAUGUCGCCAUGGCGAUUGACACAAAGUAUGUGAUUGGGAUGGAGAAGCACCUUGAAGAACGGUUGGAAAAGCAGCUGGCCACCGAUCAGCAGCGGGCGGCAGAGUUAUUGGUUGAGGAUGACCGAGUUGCGGAAAAACGGAAGGAGCUUAUGGCCAGGAAGGAAAGAUUGGAAAACGUUUUGAAGGAGAUGAUGAGGCUCACUGUUUGA